UCUCCCAGUCCCUGCCCCCCUCUCUCCCCCAGUCCCUGCCCCCCUUCUCUCUCCCAGCCUUUGCUCCUCUCUCUCUCUCAGCCCUGCCCUCUCUCCCAAUCUGUGCCCGGCCCUCGCCUAUGCCAUCUCCGUCCGCCCUUACAGGAUACUGUUAUUGUUUGUUCCCAGUGCAAAACAGAAGCGCCCAUUCGGAUUGAAUGCGCGACCCUGGUCGCUCAGGCAGAGCAGCUUCCCUAAACAGUCACUCGGAAAUCCUUCCAAGCAGGAGACGUGCAUUUAAAGAUCUCGAAGGGCGUGUUUGAGUCGUUAAAUGUCUCCCUAACAGAAUAGUUCUGGCUCCCAACGGGGAAUUCUUGGUAAUGUAGGGAAGGAAGAGUGGGGCUUUGGAGGUUUUGUUUCUUGAUGUCCCUUUCGGUAACUGUGGGGCAAUCGCUUCUCUGGAAUUUCGACCCAAAUGACUUACCAGGAGGCAACAGACAAUGUGGAUUCAAUGCAGACUGAGCAGGGAGCCGGGGUAGACUUGAGGACUGUGGAUGUUGAACAGGACCGCAUUUCAGCCGCUAUGGCGGAUCUUCGGAGUACAGGAUGGUAUUGGGGAGCUCUUAGAGCGAAUGAAGCAAACGAGAAGUUAAAAGAAGCCUCUGAAGGUACUUUUCUGGUGAGAGACAGUUCACACCGGGACUAUUUUCUCACCAUCUCUGUAAAAACAGUUCUGGGACCAACAAACCUGCGAAUUGAAUACCGAGAUGGCAAGUUCAGACUGGAUUCGGUGAUCCUCAUGAAAUCCAAGCUUCAGCAGUUUGAUAGUGUGGUGCAUCUGGUAGAAUACUAUGUUGUCUUAUGUCGGACGCUACAGAACACCCGAUGCCUGGCUCUUCAAAACAGAGGCAUCCAGCUCUGGUUGACCAAACCAUUGUACACUGAGCCCCCUUCUCUGCAACACUUCUGCCGUAUCACCAUUCAUAAAACAACCAGAGAGAUCCAAGUACUGCCUUUGCCAACUAAGUUGAAGAAGUAUUUGUCAGAAUAUAAGUAUCAGGUUUAAAACUCUCUUAAAAUGAAAGUCUAGGAGGGAACUUUUCUUCAAAAUGGCUCCCCCACCCAGGAUACUUGCCCUUGCAUUUUUAUUUGCCUGUUUUUCUUGUAGAAUAUCAUUUAUUUUUUCCAUCUCUGGGACUCUCUCCUCAGCUGUUCUGCUGCAGCCAGUUACAGAGAGGAGAUACAUGUACCUUGCAGUGGUAAAACUGAUUUAAUGGGAAUACGAUUCAGACCAGGUUAGGAGCUAAUCUGAAGCAAUCCAAUUAAGGAAAGGUCUCUAGCGAUGGAGCA